AUGGCGCAGUUGCAAGGCAUAGUCACCGAGAUCGCAGCGUCGCCAAAGACGAGCCAGCGUGCUGAGGUCAUUAAGCCAGGUGUGCAGUCGUUGCCAAGUUUGCCAGAUCUAGGAGCUGAGUCUUGCCUUUUGUUCUCGGAUUGGCUACACAAUGUAAGACCGGCUCUUGCUGAUGUGAGUGACAACUCCGAGGAACUAUGGUCUAUGGUAGUCAGCGAAGCCACAGAGUGGUAUAAGGUCUACUUGAAGUUGGACCCACUAGGUGUUGGGGUUGCCGACACCAUCGACUUGAUGCGCCGCUGGAAGCGGUGGUGCAAUCGGAUGUCUGAGCUCGGUGGAGAUGCUCCAUCUGGAAAAGUGCCGUGCACCUUCUAUGUGCAAAACAACGGAUGCAAAAAGGGUGCUGAUUGUGCCUUUGAGCACAACUGGAACUCCUUCUCCAAGGAGGAAAAGUCCCAGAGGUGCAAGGUGUAUCAACUAAUCACUGCCCAGUGGUUCAAGAAGGACUUGGAGUGUCAGAUUGAGCACUUGCAAUCCUCUCCGGACCCUACGCAAACUCUGAAGAAGUUCAUUGCCACGGGGGACCGGGGGGAUGCCCUGCAGGCCCUCAUUGCCCAAUCGCGUGCAGCCCGCAGAGCCCUUCUGCAAUCAGAUCGAUGGGUGGUACACCUAUGUUCUGGUGCACCUAAGCGCAAUGAUCCUUUGGCGAACUGGUGCAAGGAGCAAGGGCUGAGUUUCUUACCUGUUGACAUACGGGAAGUAGGGGGAAAGGGAUGGGAUCUGACCAAGCGCGAUGGUGUUUGGCGUGUUCUGCUCUGGGCAGCAGCGGCAGGCAGAAUAUCAGGCAUCUUCUCAUCUCCACCUCUGCAUGCGGACCCCAGUAAGGAGGUGCUGAAAUAUCAGGACAAGUUCCUGUGGUCCUUGGCCUCUGUUGCAAAUGGGCAGGGCAUACCUUUCUUGAGUGAAGUCUCAGGGAUAAAGGAAGGACCUGUUACAAAAUUCAAUCAAUGGUCCGGGAUGGAACUUGUGGUUUUCUACCAAGGAUCCUUGGGGGAUAGCUACGCAAGGCCCACUAGGAUAUCAACCAACCUAGAGAUGGGUUUCCUGGCACGGCUACCAAUGAAAGGAAGCCUCGAGAAUCCAAAGCAGGGAACCACCUGUGAGGCGUUAGAUGCAAUGAUAAGAAGCGCCAGGCAAGGGGAAAAGGAUUUUGCCGUAAUGCAGGAAGCUGCUGCAAUUGAGGAGGAACGGUUAAACCGGAUGUUUGAGCAGGAGAGCGAUAUGUCGUCUUCUGAUGAAGAGGGAGGAGAUGACGAAGCCCCUGAGGUCAAAGAGAUCAAAGAGUUCUCUCCAGCAGAACUUGAAAGGUGGAGGCAGCAUGUUUUGAAUGGGCAUGUCCCAUAUCGCAAGGAUUGCCGGCAGUGCGUGGAGGGUGCAGGUCUAGGUCCGUUUCAUGCAAAGGUCCGGCAUCCAAGAUCAUACACGCUGUCUUUGGACCUUUUUGGUCCGGUGCCGCCACCGGAAGCAGGUAGAGAUGAGUCCUGUGUUACCGGAAAAUGUGUAAUGAGAUACGGCUUGAUAGGUGCCCUAAGAGUUCCAAAGUCCGUCCUCCCAGCAGAACCAAAGGAGAUUGGAAUUGAGGACUUGGUUCGGCCGAGUCUUCCGAAGGAAGGGGCCGUGCCUGAUGACGCAAGGGAUAGCUUGUAUGAGCCUUCGGAACCAGGAGAUGAUCUGUUCCCAGAGCUUGAGAUAGAUGACGGCGGUUCAAGGGAAAUUGAGGUUACCGAAAAGGAUAGGGGAGUUAUCCAAGCGUUUGAGUCUUUGGAGUCGGAUUUGGACGUUGAGCCACUAGAUAAGGAAGCCCUGCAGGCUCUUGCCGAGGAGGAGGAGGCUCCACUAGGGGAUAGCUUAGACCUGGGACCUCAGCCAGAGGAGGAGGACGUUAAAGUACCAGACCGGCGGGUGCGAGGAAAGUCUAAGGUCCGUUUCCUGGAUGCUUCAGAUGGGGAAUCAUCUCUGGAGGAAUUGGCUGCUGAGCUGUUGCUCGAUGAUGAUGUGUCUGAUCAGGCAUUCCGCAAGAUUGUGUGUCUUCUCGAGAAUCAGGAGAAACCCUCCGGUGACCGUCGAGGUGGUGUUGAUGAGAAGUACGUUCUGGGUAGGUCCCUUGAUGAAGAGUACGCGUUGCAUGCAAUGCUUAUGCAGUCUGUAUGGGAUGAGGAGGAGGAUGUUCUCCCACCCGGAUACCCGAUUGAUGCUAUGAACAGCGUCUUCCUUGGAAGGAGUCGUGCCGAUGAUGGUUCCAAUUCUGAGGGAGAGGAUCAAUGCGUUGAAACCAUUUUGGAGAGUCUGACGGACACCCUUAAGGUUGUGCACAACGUCUCGCCCGACGAAGUCCGAAAACACUUGGAGAAGUGGAUCCCGGCGGCCAAAGCAGAAGUAGUGCUUCCUGCCAAGACCGUUUUCACAGUGAAGCCGGGAGCAGAGAAGGACCCCGGUCUAGAACUGUAUGCGGGCGGUGUCCCGGCAGAGGCCCUUCGCACGAUUUUGGUAGAGGCAGCUGUCCGGAGGGAAUGGGUAAAGGAGGCUCCUGAACUUGAGGAAGGUUUCGCAGUCGAGACUCUGAGACGAGCACAGCGGAUCACAGGCGAGCUACUUUGGCUCACGCAGAGAACGCGUGUGGACGCAGCGUACACUGUGUCUCUUAUGGGCUCAUGGUGUUCAAAGGCACCAGAGCAUGUGAUACGCCUUGGCAAGCGCUUGUUGCAUUUCUUGGGUUCGACGAAGGAUUGGAAGCUUUCAUUAAUCCCAGUUGAAGGGGAAAAGAGGGUGGUGGUGUACACUGAUGCAUCAUUUGCGCCGUACGGAUCCCACAGCAUCACCGGGGUCUUGGUUUCAUACCACGGAAGAUCAGUUGCCUGGAAGGCAAAGAAGCAAGCCUUGGUGUCACUAUCGACGGCAGAGUCGGAGUUGAUUGCCGCUUGUGAAGGAGUUGUGAUGGGUCAAAGCUCAGAAUCACUGAUACUGGAGCUCACCGAUGAUCUGCGAACAAAACUCCUUUUGGUUGAUAACCUAGUGAGCAACAGUUGGCUGAUCUGUUGA